UGGGCAGGCAUCUCUGCGCGUUCCUACCGACGCCUGCCUGGAAAGGCUCAGUGCUCCAGGAGUGAGCAGCCAGGGUCCCACCUCCUCCGCCGAACUCCUGAGCAGCGCUAACCCGAAGCAGGGACAAUGUGAGGCUCCCAUCGGAAAAAACUGCUGACCCUAGGGCGGAGAAUCUCACAGGAGAAUCUCGCGACCUGUACCCAUCGCGCUGCCAGCCCAGGCUGCUCCCGCAUCCUGGGUGAAGGUGCCAAGGCAAGACUCGCGGCAGCGAUUCCCGCAUCUGUCCCCGACCGCGGCCUGGGGCACUGCGCCUGGGCUGCAGGUGGCCUCAAGGCGCCCCGCGGCGCUACCACGCCAGGCCUAGGAAGCCCCAGCAGGGCGCUGCCUCCACUCCCACCCGCAGCCUGCUGGGGAAGAAGCCAGGAAGGGCUGGAGUAAACGACCCGAGACUAGGGACAGAGCCGGGCCUUCCUGGCCCAGGCCUUUCCCCCAAGCGGGGCGCCCAGGGUCUCCCAGCCUGCUGGCCAUGGCUGACAGCGGCGGCACAGGCAGCUCUGACCCCUGGUGGAAAUCACUAACCAGGAAGAAAAGUAAAGAAGUCACUGUGGGGGCUCAGCCUCAGGCCCAGCUCGACCCCGGGGAUCUCUCACCGCAGGACUCGGACUGGACUAGCUGCUCCCAAGAGAACCAGCACCCCAACGUGCUCCUCGGGGACGCCGGGGAGGUCCCCAGGCCAGAUAAGUUCUGCGCGGAGAAAGUAGCCAACAGCCGGCGCAAUUUGAAGAUCUCGCGUUCUGGUCGCUUUAAGGAGAAGAGGAAAAUGCGUGCCACACUGCUCCCCGGAGGAGACAGGUCCCCUGAGGAGGCCGACUUUCCAGACGACCCCCAGGAGGACAAGAAAUAGCUUGAGCAGGCUUCCAGGACUGUCCUGCGCACUACUCCCCUACCCCCCCAGGUCUAAACUGGAGAGUUCUGACUUGCUCAGCACUUGGUGUCUCACCCAAGUUCAGAAUAUUCACACAAAGCCUUCAAGAAUUAAUUUUUUCUGGAAAGUGAAGUGUCAACUGAGUCUUCAAUACCCUAUGGCUCAAAGAUGCAUUCAGUAUUUAUUUGUGGUAAGGAAGGGUAUCUGCUGCUGAGGAAGUUGGGGGUUUUGUUUCCUUCAAAAAGCUAUUCUGAGGUCUUGGCUUUUUCCAAAUCACCUGUGGGUGUCAGAUGGGUAGAUGAAUCUUUCUGAGACAGUAAUUGAACUUCAAUUCUGCAACUUCUCAAAGGAGGAAGCCAUGUUCUUACUGAGGAUUCUGGAGAGAACUCACAAUGCUGUUUUUAGUGACUGAGAAGUGCACUUUAGAGUUACUUACUCCAUCCAUAUCCAAAUGGAUGGGCCAGACCCACCCUUAAGUUAGAAGCAUUGUGAAGUAAGGCAGGAUUGCUUCCACUGUGAGCUGUGAAGGUGUGUGGCCUGCUUUA